UGUGUGUACUGCGCACUGUGGUAUUGACGUUGUCAAAUUAUAAUUGACAUUUCACAGAAAUCUAAAAGGUUAAAGAAAGGGGGUGUUACCUUAGAUAAUCAUGGACGCAUUUGGAGAUAAUUUUGUAAACGACACGGAAGUAGAUCCUGCUGCUGAAUUUCUAGCAAGAGAACAGGAUCAAUUAGCAGGAUUAGAAGAUGAAAUUCCUCCUGUCUCUAUAGCUACCGCAGCAGCACCUACUAAUGGAGAAGUAGAGGAUUUACCUGGAAAUUUUGGCAAUUUAAAACUUGGUCCAGGUAGUGAUGUCGAAGGUAGUUUUGAAAUCAUAGACACCAUUGUACAACCUACCGAAUGUUCAACGCUACCUACUCUAGAUGCUUUUGUAGAUACGGUAUCAUCAGCGCCACAAAUUAAAGAGGAGCCGGAAAAGAUACGAAAAUGGAGGGAAGAACAGAAAACGCGUCUUGAAGAAAAAGAUGCCGAGGAAGAAAAAAAGAAGGAAGAAUGGAGAGAAGCUGCGAAGAAAGAAUUAGAAGAAUGGUAUAAACAUCACGCAGAGGCAAUUAGCAAAACCAAAACAACUAACAGGGAAUCAGCCAAGAAUGCAGAGAAGCAAUUCGUUGCAGAAGCUGACGAAGUGGAGCCUGGUACUGAAUGGGAACGUAUCGCAAAGCUAUGCGAUUUCAAUCCUAAAUCAUCUCGCACUUCCAAAGAUGUAUCUCGAAUGCGCUCAAUUAUUUUGCAAUUAAAGCAGACACCACCUGCUCCUGUUAAUGUUUGAUAGAAUCAAAAGCUCUUACCUUAUAAAUUAUAGGUAUUAUAAAAGAACAAUAUUAAUUAAAUAAAUAUUAAGAGGAAAAGAUGUGUACGCAGAUUCCAAUCAUAUUAUUAAAACAAUAAGUUGGAAGUGUUCUGUUAACAACAAAUGUACUAUUAUUGUGAAUAAAAGUUAUUAAUAAUAAAUAAACUA